CUAGUUUUUAUGCUCGAACACUAUGCCUUUUGCUUUUACUGUACUACGCCAUAAUCUUCUUGUAUCAUUUCUAAGGUUAUAGAGGGAAGUGUAAGGUUGCUAUACAUACAGGACAAACAAUUUCUUUAAGAAUGGGGGCCGAUUUGUCAUUCCCACAAGUUGAAAUUUCACCCGACAGAACCUACAUAGUCACAGGUGGAAAUACAGGUAUUGGUUAUUGCGCUGCAACAGAAAUUGCCCAGAUGGGGGGCCACGUUAUUAUUGCCUGUAGAAAUAUGAGUAAAGCGGAAACGGCUGUAAAAAAAAUGAAGGAAGAAUAUGAAAAAGAAUUCAGAGAAAAACAUAAAGAUUUAUUGGACACUAAACAAGAACCAAGAAAAUUAAAUUUAGAUAUUAUGGAACUAGAUUUAGCAUCGUUUGAUAAAACUAUGAAAUUCGUAGAAGAAUUUAAAGCCAGAAACUGUUCAUUACAUGGUUUAAUAUGUAAUGCUGGAAUUUUUAUGCAAGAAAAAGUAAUGACAGAUGAUGGAUAUGAAAUGAUGUUACAGUCCAACUAUUUAUCUCAUCUUCUUAUUAUCCUACAUUUUCUGCCAAUUCUACAAAAAUCUGAGGAAGAUGCUAGAAUAGUUCAAACAUCCUCCGUGGCUUAUGAAAUGGGAAAGUUUGAUGAAAGCAAUAUAAAUGCAGAUAAGUCAUUCAGUGCCUUUGGUUUUUACAGCAACUCCAAACUUUAUCAGAUAAUGUCAAUGUAUUGGUUAACUCGUCAUCUUAAAGAUAAAUCCGUGACUAUUAAUAGUUGUCAUCCUGGCUUUGUUAAGACACAAAUGACUGAGUCAUACUGGCUCAUGCGAAUGUUUAUUAAGGUUGCUUCACGCAAUCCUAAUGAUGGUGCUUCAACAAUAAUUAAAGCUGCCAUAGAUCCAUCUUUAAAGGCACAAACCGGUUUAUAUUUAGCUGAUUGUAAAAUAAAAGCAACAUCUUCUUAUUCAAUGAAUGUAGAGAAUCAAGAUAAGUUGAUGGCUUACAGUUUUCAAGUUCUAGAAAAUUAUCUACCUCAAGAUAUUAAAGAGUACGUUGAUAUGUAGUUUUAAUUGACCUGUCUCCACUCUUUAACUUUGUGUUUCUAUGUUUGAGUUCCAUCUGUUGAAUUGAGCCCCCCACCACAAUUUAACGUCGGUAAACGGAUAACGUAAUAAACUAUACUACCUGGGGUAACAGAACUAUACUUAUAAAAUGAACUAUAAUUAAACACAUACGAUGAAUAUUCGGUCAACGUUAUCAAACAAAAUGAUAACGCUGAGAGAAUACUCUUCGAAACGUCACCCAAGUAGCUGGUGUUCAUUAUUAUAAGUACAUGUUUUAGUUUAUAUUAUCUUCCAUGGACCCUCAACCCUCCUCCUAUAUAUUAACCACCAGUCGAUAAUCUGUGACGAUAGACAAGAUAUCAAAUGUGACAUCGGCAAAGUUGACCCUAUAUCUUGGAAAAAUCAUAAUUCUUCCCUUUCUAUUUGCUGAAAUAUGGUUUACCAUGGUUUAGGGGAAGCGGGGGCUGUUGAUGUGCUAUCGCAGCUAUAGUCCAUAAAUAUUCAAAGGGGAUUUAGGGUAUGCACUUAGAUAAUUUGCCGCCCCCGGGAAUAUAUGCCCCCCCCCCCCAGCCUCCUCUAUGGGACCUGGGAUAACUGAACAGCUAACAUUAACCGAAUAUGUUCGGCUUGCCUAAGGACAGGGAGAGUAAGUGGUAUUUCAGGACAUAACUUGUAUCAGAGUACGCGAGAAAAGCCAUCCAUAAUGUUUUCUUCUUGGAGUGGGAUUUAGUAAUUGAAUCGUAACAAACUACAUAUUAAACAUGCUUUAGUCUUUAGCAUUCAUAUUUGUAUUUUAGGAUGUUGUUGAUAUUAUAAUAAUGUAUAUAACGAGUGUAACAAAUUUGAACAAAUCUGUUUUGGAUAUUGCUUGUCUUGUCCAUUAAUCUUUAUAAUUUGGUUAUUUAUUUAUCGGAUCUUGUUAGAAUAUAGUAGGUGGCUUAAUUA